AUGGCGUGCGCAUUGUCAGGAAACAGCUGCACAGUCACAAGCAGCAGAUUGGAGUUCAACAAGUGCCGGAAUGAGUCCAAAAAGAGGCAAAGUUUGCAUUUAUUCAAAAUGAGAUCUUCUGCUGAGGAUUAUGAUUGCAAUACUGAAGAAUGUGCACCUGAUAAGGAGGUUGGGAAAGGUUGGACUGGGUAUGUUGAAAAGGACACUGCUGGACAAACAAAUAUAUACUCGGUUGAGCCAGCAGUAUAUGUGGCAGAAAGUUCAAUCAGCUCUGGAAAUAGAGGGUCAUCUUCUGAUGGAUCUGAGAACAUUGCAGCUAUUACUGCUGGACUUGCUCUGAUCUCUAUUGCAGCCGCUUUUUCAGUACUUCUUCAAGUUGGGAAGAAUCCUCCUGUGGUUCAAACAGCAGAAUACUCGGGACCAUCCUUAGGCUACUACAUCAACAAGUUUACGCCUUCAGAAGCAACUGUGCCCACUGUAACUGAAACACCAGCAUCUUUACAAACAGAAAGCUUAGCUCCAGAAGUUUCUCAAGCUGAGGUUCAAUUGGAAUCUCAGCAAGAUAUGUCCACAUCAAGCUCUAACAUUUCUUAG